AAGUAGAACAGAGCCAGUUACGUCGCAGCACCAUCGUUUUGUGUUAUUUUCAAGUGUUUCAAGAACUAAGGGAAAAUUCAUCUGACGCUUUUUUACCUCAUUCCAUUGUUUUUAUUAGUAAUAAAUAAUAUUCAACAGCAAUAAAAUUAAUUGCAAAUUACUAUGGCGAAUCAAAAGCUAAAACUACAAAAGUAAGAUGCAGUAAUGAAGUACUUGUUACUGCUCCAAAAGCGAGUGUACAAUGGCAAAACAUUUGUGCGUGUGAUAAUAAGUCCAUAAUAAGUCCGUAUAUAAUCUACAUUUCAAUUUAGUCAGAGCUGCAAGUUACUUUUAAGAUAAAUGAGCGACUCAAAUUCAUAUUCAAAAACUGAUUCAUGUCAAGCUGAAUGUGCUGGGGUUAUCAAAAGGGUGCAUGCAGAGCUCCGUGCGAAAUGCCAAGAUGGCAGCACCGCGGAGGAGGUGUGGCGUGCUCACGUAUCGCCCUCGAACGAUGCGGUCCUCUCCGAGUACGCGACGUCCAUGCACCGGCUGGCCAGAGACGUGUGGGACAGGCGGCACGGCGGCGCGCCGGAGCUCUCGCGCAUCUCGUGGCUGCACGAGGCGCUCCUCAGCUACCACUCGGAGACGGAGUUGGCGAGGGCGCGGGCCUACGACGACCGACUGGCCGCCCGGCACAGGCUGACGCCGCACCAGUGGCCCAGCGCCUCUGAGCUCACUUCAUCGGCCGCAUUCGACACGCUGGAUGUGGGCAGCUGUUACGGACCGUUCUGCGGCCUGCCACGACUCCGGGUGACCGCCCUCGACCUGUGUCCCGCGGCGCCGACCGUACUGCGCGGAGACCUGCUCUCUGUGCCACUCACCGACCGGACGGAGGUGGAUCGCGCCUCGGGCCGACUCCUCAGUCUGGCCACCGGCGCGUGGCACGCCGUCAUCUUCUGUCUGCUGCUCGAGUACCUGCCGACACCUCGGCUGCGCUACGAGUGCUGUCGGCGCGCGGCACAGCUGCUCCGUACCGAGGGGGCGCUGCUGGUGGCCAGUCCGGACUCUGCUCACCGCACCGCCAACGGGCCCCUCUACCGAGCGUGGAGACUGGCACUGGCCACUCUGGGCCUCGUCAGGGUCAGGUACGAGAAGACUGAACACCUACACUGCAUGGUGUUCCGUAAAUCGGCGCACCCAGAGCAGGUGGUGCAGGAGGCGCGCGCUCAGAUCGCGCAGGACGCAGCUCGGGGACGGCUGGUGUGGAGCCGGCACAGGUCAGCCAAACGACGCGACUCUGCGCCGGGGGGAGACGAGGGUGCCGAUGCCGGCGGUGCUGCCUGUGUGGAGGACGAGGGGAGGACGGGAGACUCCUGUGUAGAAGCGAAGCCCCGGGGUUGUAUAGAUAUUGAUUUAGACCGGUCCCAGCGAUCAGACCGGGACUCCGCGGACCAUUACUGUGAAACAACGGGGCUGGGUGUUGCUGGAAGUGAGGCGUCCCAUGAGGUACCUGAGAGCCUAAGAGAAGUCCCUGAGUGCCCCAGUGAGGUCCCCGAGAGCCCCAGUGAGGUCCCUGAGGGCCCCAGCGCGUCCCAUGAAGCGGCACCCGACUGUCCAGAGCCCUACCAGCUGAUGGUCAUCCAUCAGGACCUGAAGCCGACUGUGCUGAAGACGGAGCCGGAGAGGACGGUGACCAGUGAUGUGACGGGCGUAGUGGAAGCGCUGAGCGAACUCCCGCUGUUGUGAGAAUUGAUUUUUAGGACGUUUGUACGUCGGUCCAAAGUUGCUCAAUGGUGAAGUGGUGCAGAGCUGUUUGUGGGGUUUCCUUGAUUCGACCACUAUUUUGUGGCCUUUGCCAUGGCAUGAGAAUGGAAAUUUUAUUAUUCAAGACAUAAAACUUAGGCUGCUUUUUCAGCAAAGAUGCGUCGUCGCUUAUGUAGUCACCGAAGUCCCAGGUUCAGGUAGCUGACAGGUGCUGCCAUCUGUGGCGCUUUUCACGGAUGGUCUGCCUUCACUACCUGUGGACUGUGUGAUGUGAAGUACACAAUUCAUUCCCAGUGUUGCCUGAUGAAAGCUGUAGUCCUUCGACGCAGUGAUUUUAAGUGAUAUAUAACCAUAAACAUUUGAAUUUGAAGUUUGAUUAGCCCACCAAAUAAGCGUGUGUUUGAAAGUAAUUAAUGAUGCAUCGAAAGGCUGUAGAUUGGCUGCAUGUCUUCAGAGCCUCGUCUUUUCAUUUCCUCGGUAGGCGACAUCACUGCUAUUUACCGACCAAUCGUCCACAAAACCGCUUGCUUACAACAUUGCUUGAAAUGCUCAAAUAUAUUUUGUAACUGUAUUAUCA